GGCUCGCAGUGUUCACUUCUCUAGUAAUAAGUCCAAGAUAUAUUCCUGCAAAAUUGCUUCCAGGGUUGGCAUUAUGGUGUAGGAGGUACAGCUACUACUUGGCGAUGCCGGCAUCCCAUGUGGAUGCCAGUUCUUGUCCCAGUGGCUCCACUUCUGACCAAGCUCCCUGCUAAUAGCCUGGGAAAGCAGCGGAAGAUGACCCAAGUGUCUGGGACUCUGCCACCCAGGUGGGAGACCAGGAAGAAGCUAUUGGCCCCUGGCUUCAGCCUGGCCCAGCACUGGUUGUUGUGGCCAUCUGGAGCAGCAGCUCUGCAAGCCACACCAUGGGCGACCUCAGCCGAGAUGCUGUGGAGAAGUAUCUCGAGCAGAACCCACAGUUUGCCAAGGAGUACUUCGACAAGAGGCUGCGGGCAGAGGCCCUGGGGGAAAUCUUCAAGAACAGCCAGGCUGCAGUCCCGGCCAGCAUGUCCUUUGCUGAGCUGACGCAGGUGGAGGAGGCGGCCGUGUGCCUGGAGCUGCUGUUGACCGUGCAGGAGGAGGCGGGCGGUGCGGAGCUGGCAGCGCACCGGGCCCUGCAGAGGCUGGCCCAGCUGCUGUGUGCCGAGCGCUGCAGCCUGUUCAUGUGCCGGGCCCGCAAUGGCACGCCGGAGGUGGCCUCCAGGCUGCUGGACGUCACGCCCACCUCCAAGUUGGAGGACAACCUGGUGGCCCCUGAGCGAGAGGUUGUGUUUCCACUGGACAUCGGGAUAGUGGGAUGGGUUGCUCACACGAAGAAAGCCCUGAAUGUUCCAGAUGUGAGAAAGAACAGCCACUUUUCUGACUUCAUGGACAAACAAACGGGGUACGUCACCAGGAACCUGCUGGCAACCCCAGUCGUCAUGGGCAAGGAAGUUCUUGCUGUGGUUAUGGCAGUGAACAAAGUAAAUGCACCUGAGUUUUCCAAACAGGACGAAGAGGUCUUUUCCAAGUACAUCAACCUUGUUUCUGUCAUCCUAAAGCUUCAUCAUACCAACUACCUGUACAGCAUUGAAUCCAGGAGAAGCCAGAUCCUCAUGUGGUCAGCCAAUAAAGUAUUUGAAGAGCUCACAGAUGUUGAACGGCAGUUUCACAAAGCACUCUACACAGUUAGGACGUACCUGAACUGUGAACGGUACUCCAUCGGCCUGCUGGACAUGACGAAGGAGAAGGAAUUCUAUGAUGAAUGGCCCAUCAAGCUUGGUGAAGUUGAACCCUAUAAGGGACCGAAGACACCAGAUGGCCGGGAAAUCAUCUUUUAUAAAAUCAUCGAUUACAUUUUACAUGGCAAGGAAGAGAUCAAAGUGAUUCCAACACCUCCUACGGACCACUGGACUCUGGUUAGCGGGUUGCCAACAUACGUUGCUGAAAACGGAUUUAUCUGCAACAUGCUCAAUGCCCCUGCCGACGAGUACUUCACCUUCCAGAAAGGACCCGUGGAUGAGACGGGUUGGGUCAUUAAAAACGUCUUGUCCCUGCCCAUUGUCAACAAGAAGGAAGACAUCGUGGGAGUGGCAACAUUUUACAACAGGAAGGAUGGAAAACCUUUUGAUGAGCAUGAUGAACACAUUACGGAGACUCUCACGCAAUUUCUUGGAUGGUCUCUCUUAAAUACUGACACCUAUGAGAAAAUGAAUAAGCUAGAAAACAGAAAGGACAUCGCCCAGGAAAUGCUCAUGAACCACACCAAGGCCACUCUGGAGGAAAUUGAGUCUAUUUUGAAAUUUAAAGAGAAGUUGAAUAAAGAUGCAAUUGAAGACUGUGAGGAGAAACAACUUAUCAAGAUUUUGAAGGAGGACUUGCCGGACCCGAAGGAGGUGGAACUAUACGAAUUCCGGUUCAGCGACUUUCCCAUCACGGAACACGGAUUGAUUAAGUGUGGAAUACGGCUGUUUUUUGAAAUCAACGUGGUGGAGAAAUUCAAAGUCCCCGUAGAGGUCCUCACCAGGUGGAUGUACACAGUGAGGAAGGGGUACCGCGCUGUCACCUACCACAACUGGAGACACGGGUUCAACGUAGGGCAGACCAUGUUCACCUUGCUGAUGACAGGAAGACUCAAGAAGUACUUCACGGAUCUUGAAGCCUUCGCCAUGCUUGCGGCGGCGUUCUGCCAUGACAUUGACCACAGAGGCACCAACAACUUGUACCAGAUGAAAUCCACAUCUCCCUUGGCAAAGCUUCACGGGUCCUCCAUCUUGGAGAGGCACCACCUGGAGUACAGUAAGACUCUGCUGCAGGACGAGAGCUUAAACAUCUUCCAGAACCUCAAUAAGCGGCAGUUCGAAACAGUUAUUCAUUUGUUUGAGGUCGCAAUAAUAGCCACAGACCUGGCUUUGUAUUUCAAGAAGAGAACCAUGUUUCAAAAAAUUGUUGAUGCCUGUGAACAAAUGAAAACUGAAGAGGAGGCUAUCAAAUACGUAACCAUUGACCCAACCAAAAAAGAGAUCAUCAUGGCAAUGAUGAUGACUGCAUGUGACCUGUCUGCUAUAACCAAGCCCUGGGAGGUACAAAGUCAGGCAGCACUUAUGGUUGCAAAUGAAUUUUGGGAGCAAGGCGAUCUGGAGAGAACGGUGCUGCAGCAACAGCCUAUUCCUAUGAUGGACAGAAACAAGAAAGAUGAACUACCUAAACUUCAAGUGGGAUUUAUUGAUUUUGUCUGUACUUUUGUAUAUAAGGAGUUCUCGCGGUUCCAUGAAGAGAUCACACCUAUGCUGAACGGGCUUCAGAAUAACAGAGUAGAAUGGAAAACCCUGGCUGAUGAAUACGAUGCCAAGAUGAAGGUAAUCGAAGAGGAGGAGAAAAAGCAGGAGGAAGGAAACUCUGUCCAAAAAGUUGCUGAAGUCUCAGGAGGUGGCAGUGAAGACAAAAAGUCCAAAACGUGUCUGAUGUUGUAAUGUAAUCCAAUGGGUCUAAAUUUCAAAUAUUUUAAUUUUGAAGAAAAAAUAUUCAGAAGAACUUCAGUGAGUUUCAUUCAGCAAAUCAUCUAACAACAGAGAGGAACUUUAGAAAAACUACCCUGUGACUAUCAAGAAUAUAUGUACUGCUAGCCUGAACGUGAGUAAAACAAUGUUUAACAAAAGAACAAAGUAAAAAUAGAUGUAUUUUUGGUGCCAAUUUAUUUCAAGUUUCUUUAAAAAGUAUAAUCCUAAAACUAGUCACUGAUGUUAAAAGUUAAUUCAUUCCAUUUGUUUGCUAAGACUGCUUUAACAAAGUAACAAACUGGUUGGCUUAAACAACAAACUUCUUUGCUUAUAAUUCCAGAGACUAGAAGUUCAAGAUCAAGGUGUUGGCAGGGUUGAUUUCCUAUAAGGGCUUUCAACUUGGUCUCUGGAUAGCCAUCUUCUCCUCAUGACAUCAUAUGAUGUUCCCUCUGAAUGUGUGUCCUAAUUCUGUUGGAUUAUGGCCCACCUGUAUCAGCUCAGCUGAAAUUAACUGCCCUGUCUCCAAAUAUAGUCACAUUCUGAAGUAGUGGGGAUUAGGACUUCAACAUAUGAAUUUCAGAGGUGGGGAACAAUUUGGCCCAUGUAAGUCUUAAUUCUGAUUCACACUUCACUUUCUGAACUAAAAAUUGCACACUGACACAUCUUAAGAUUAAAUAUAGUAUAGUAUGUGUAAUAUAUGUACAUAAGAUGAAUAUUGGUUUUCUUUUACUGAUUCACCCUUAAUAAUGGAAUCACCAUAUCAACUUAAAAAAAAUUUAUUUAUUUGAAAGUCAAAGUUAGAGAAAGAGAGGGGUCUUCCAUCUGCUGGUUCAUUCCCCAGUUGGCCACAAAAGCCAGAAGCCUCCUCUGGGUUUCCCAUGCAAGUGCAGGGGCCCCAUCACUUGGGCCAUCUUCUGCUUUCCCAGGCCAGAGCAGAAAACUGCAUCGGAAGAGGUGCAGUUGGGACAUGAACUGGCGCCCACACGCGGCGCUGGCCCUGAUUCUAUCAACUUUAGCAAUUUAAAAAAACUAAAUUGUGUUCUUAUCCUAUGUCUCCCCUUUUCAAAUUCUAGAAUCAAUGACUUUCAUAUGUAUAAUGAAGAAUAUUUUUGAAUUUGCAGAAUUAUACCUCUGACAGAAUUAUUGCUUUAUAAAACAUACUUAGCUAUAGGAUUAUCCAAGAAAUAUGACAUGGUUUGACCAUUAAGAACUUCAUUAUCAAAAGCAAUUUGGGAAGAUUCCAGUUAAGAUUACUUUUUAAAAAUGAUUAAUAGAGGCUAAUCCUCUGCCUGCAGCGCUGGCACCCUGGGUUCUAGUCCCGGUUCUUCCUCUUCCAGUCCAAUUCUCUACUGUGGCCCAAGUGCUUGGGCCCUGCACCCGCAUGGGAGACCAGGAGGAAGCACCUGGCUUCAGCAUGGUGCGACAGCCGUAGUGGCCAUUUGGGGGGUGAACCACCGGAAGGAAGACCUUUCUCUCUCUCACUAACUCUGCCUGUCCAAAAAAAAAAAAAGAUUAGUAUAUAAAAUGACUGUGCUAGUUUUAUUAAAUUGUUGAGAGAAACUAAGAAUAAUCCAUUUCUUCCACUAUAUAGUGUACAUCUUUCCAGGUAUCAAAGAAAUCUCUUCCUUUACUUAUCUAUAAUCAUAGAUAAGGGGGCAUUGUGGCAUAGCAGAUUAAGCUGCUGCUGUAACGCCAGCAUCCCAUAUCAGAGUACUGGUUCAAGUCCUGAUUGCUCCACUUCUCUCCAGCUCCCUGCUAAUGUACUUGGGAAGGAAUCAAAAGAUGGCCCUAGAACUUGGGCCCUUGGCAGCCAUUUGGGGAGUGAACAAGUAAACUGAAGAUCUUUCUCUGUCUCUCCCUGAUGUUCUGCCCUUCAAAUUAAUUAAUCUUUUUUAUAUACGUAUAUUAAAAAAUCAUGGAUGAAAUUUUAAAAUAGGACAUAAUAGUUAUGCCAUAUUUUGUCAUAUUUUUGUCAAAAGAUAUGUACAUUAUAAGGAACUGAGUUGAACAUUAUAAACUUCAAAAAGUCUUGUUACAUACAAAAUAAUGUUCAAUUUUAAGCAGCCCAGAAAUAAAUGACCAUUUGUUAUAUUAUUUAACAAGUUAAAUACAAUGUAAAGUUCACGUGUAGGGAUUUUUGUCUAUUUUGUUCACAGUGCUAUCUUGGUACCUAGGGUAGUGUCUGGCACUCAGUAAAUGUGAAUGAAUAAUAUUCUGAAUAAAUGUAAAAACAAACUGAGGUGAGGAAUGGCUAAAUCAUAUAUACACUCAAGUAAGUUGCUUACUAAAGUCAUUACCACGCUACUACCAUCAGUUUUACAGCUGAAUAUUUCAAGCACUUUUACCCUGGAAAUCAAGAUUGCUUUUUAUUCUUCAUAAGUAGUGAGAUAAUCCCCUCAUUUCUUGAGGAAAUUUGUUUUUUCAAACAAAGCUUGACAUUAAUAUGC